CUCUACCUAUCAGCCAGACCAAAACGGCAAAGCAUACGAAACAACUGCCAACCUCGGUCUCGCCUGGCGUACAAGUUUACAACAUCGAAGCAGUUCUUGUUCUUUCGGUUCAGGACCCGAUCCUUUCACCUAACCAACAAAACCGAACAUAUAAAGGAUUGAAAAGAGAGCCUACGUUGAAAGUGGACGACUGAAUCCAGAAAAUGGACCAACCUGAGAGCCUGCCCAUCCUCUCAGACCGGGUCCUCGUCAACGGUGGCGUUACGCCGUUGACCCUCACCGCGGAUGGCAGGCUGAGGUGGACGGAGAGAAGUCAACGGUCUUUGAAGGUUGAGAAGGAGGUUCUCGGUUUCUCUGCUGAGGGCCCGAAGAUCAGGAUCAGAGCAAUUGUGGAGGGUGGAGGCGGAAUCUUCUGCAUUGGGAGCGCCAGAAAUCUGGUGAGGAAAGACUUCGUGUUUCAGCCCUUGUCUGAGGAUUCGCUGGUGCUCUGGUGCCAGAGACUUCGUGAAUACAUUGACUCGCUCGGACGGCCUAAACAUCUAUUUGUUUUGUUGAACCCAUUUGGUGGAAAAAAAUCUGCAUCCAAGAUUUUUGUGGAUCACGUGAAAACUCUUUUUGAAGAUGCUGAUAUCCAAAUUACGUUGCAAGAAACUCAAUAUCGGCUUCACGCAAAAGAAGUUGCUAAUUCACUUGAUCUUUCCAAGUAUGAUGGCAUUGUUUGUGUUAGUGGGGAUGGAAUCUUGGUUGAGGUAGUUAAUGGGCUACUAGGAAGAGAGGAUUGGGGUGCUGCAAUAAAGAUGCCUAUUGGAGUAAUUCCUGCAGGUACAGGAAAUGGCAUGGCAAAAUCCCUUCUGGAUUCAGUUGGUGCUCCCUGUGCAGCACCUAAUGCUGUUCUUGCCAUUAUUCGAGGCCACAAGUGCUCAGUGGAUGUAGCUACAAUUGUCCAGGGAGAGGCGAAGUUUUUUAGUGUUUUGAUGCUUGCAUGGGGUCUGGUGGCGGAUAUCGACAUUGAAUCUGAAAAGUAUAGGUGCUUGGGAAGUGCUCGUCUAGAUUUCUAUGCACUUCAACGAAUUUUACAUUUGAGGCAAUACAAUGGAUGCAUUUCUUUUGUGCCUGUACCUGGCUUCGAAGCUUAUGGAGAGCCAACUAAUUUCCAUGGCAAAUCUACCGGCAAACAAAAUAGCCACAUUCCAAGUGAAGAAGACCCUGCUAAGGCUCAACAGCAUGGUUACCAGGGACCUUAUAUUGACUUGGAGGAUUUAGAUUGGAGAACUAUUAAUGGACCAUUUAUCUCAGUUUGGCUUCAUAACGUACCUUGGGGGAGUGAAGACACAAUGGCAGCCCCUGAUGCCAAGUUCUCAGAUGGCUAUCUGGACUUGAUCCUUAUUAGGAAUUGCCCACAGUUACCCUUGCUAUCGUUGAUGACAGAAUUGAAGAGUGGAAAUCAUGUCAAAUCACCAUAUGUCAUGUACCUUAAGGUGAAGGCAUUCAUCUUGGAACCUGGUCCCCAAACUCAGGACCCAACAAAGGAAGGAAUCAUAGACUCCGACGGCGAGGUACUGGCCAGAGGGAAAGGAACGUACAAAUGUGACCAGAAGACACUGAUGGCCUAUGAUAAACUUCAAAUAACUGUGGAUCAAGGUUUAGCAACCCUAUUUUCUCCCAUAGAGGACUGAAUUUUCGAUUUCCUUUUUUCAUGAACUUCAUUUGAUUGAGAGGUUCAUGGUAAAUAACCGCUAAAGCAUGUGCAUUGAUGUUUAUGAGAAGAAUUUCAUAGGUGGUUUUAUUUUAUUCUCCCUGUACAGGACCACAGUGGAAAUAAUGCAAAUGAAAAGCUGAAAACGUUUUUUUUUU